AUGUCCUACUCCGAUGAAAAGAACCCGGAGACCCCUAAUCUCCCCUCCGGCUCAAGUUCUUUAGAUGCGAGGGCCGACGAGGAACAUGAACCUCUCUCCCACAAGGAAGAAGGGCAGACGGGGAGUUCCCAGGUAGACCCACACGACAAGGUCAGCGAGCAAUCCAGUGCCCCAUCCAUCCCCCAGCGAUGGAAAACGGUCAGUCAGCGCAUCCGCCAGCGCGCAGGCACGAUAGCCGAAGCGCUAGGCCGGCCGCAUGAGCGCGAGGCUGAUGGUCUGGAUGCGAGUUUCUCGCCAGAAUACUAUGGUGCAACCGACGAUAUCAGGAGCUAUGAGGCGCGCACGGCCGCAGACGAGGAGGAGAGACUCAUGGGGACCGAUCACAAUUCUCAGGCUCAGCAAUUGUUGAGGCAGCUGGGUAUUCAUCAGCAUCAGCAUCGGAGACAUCCAAGUAGUGGCCCGCGUCGUGAAACGGAGCCGCUCUCUGGCGCCACAACUCCCGGUGCGAUGACUCCCGGUGAUAGCGGAGCAUCGACACCUCUCAACGGGGGUCUACUGUCGCAUCUGCUACGGGUUUAUGCCAACAACAUGGAGACGGCAAGUAGAAUGAGCGUCGCCACGACUGCGGCAGCUUCGGAUCCCGAAAUCGAGACACUGCCUGCUAAAACUCCAGGCACGGGCAUGGGCUCACCGGGCACUGCUACGCCAAUGGGCCCGGGUGUGGGAACUGCGUCUGGAACGGCGACUCCUAUGGGCGGCAAGAAGGAAAAGGUCAAGUGGUACAAGAGCGGCAACAACAGCAGGGAGAAUGUGAGCGCUAGGCCAUCGAAGCACCAUUACACCUCUUCUCUCAUCCAAGCUUCUAUGGACAUGAGCCGAGUGGGUGUUCCUGGUGCCCAAGGCCCCGCACCCAUGAGCGCUAAAGAACGACGCAAGCAGAAGCGCAAGAGUGCUAAGGAUGUCAAAUUGACCGUACACAUCGCUGCACUGCUUGCCCGCCAGCAGUACAUUAUGCAGCUGUGUCGAGCGCUGAUGAAAUAUGGCGCACCAACCCACCGUCUCGAGGAAUACAUGAUGAUGACUUCCAACGUGCUCGAAGUCAAGGCGCAGUUUCUGUACAUUCCAGGAUGCAUGUUCAUGUCAUUCGAUGACCCGUUGACCCGUACCGCCGAGGUGAAGAUUAUCCGCGUGGUGCAGGGCCUGGAUCUAUCGCGGCUUGCUGAGACGCAUAACGUGUACAAAAACGUGGUGCAUGACGUUAUCAGCGUUGACGACGCGACCAGCCAGCUCGAUACGAUCAUGCAACGCAAACCUCGCUACAACCGCUGGAUGCUCAUUCUUCUUACGGGUCUAGCCAGCGUCACUGUGGGACCCUAUUCAUUCUCCGCACGACCUAUCGACCUCCCUAUCAUCUUCGUGCUAGGCUGUCUAGUCGGCUUCAUGCAACACGUUCUCGCCCCAUCUUCAGCGACAUACUCGAAUGUGCUCGAAGUUUCCGCCGCAAUUCUCACAUCCUUCCUCGCUCGCGCCUUCGGCAGCAUCACCCACAACGGCGAACGCGUCUUCUGUUUCGCCGCAAUGGCCGAAUCCUCCAUCGCCAUGAUCCUCCCAGGCUUCGCCGUUCUCUCCUCAUCCCUUGAACUCCAAAGCCACCAAAUGAACGCAGGUUCCAUCCGAAUGGUCUAUACUCUGAUCUAUUCCCUAUUCCUCGGCUACGGCGUCACAGUCGGCACAACCAUCUACGGACUCAUGGACGACAACGCUACCACCGAAUCAACCUGCCCAAACGCCACAUCCACCUGGGGCAACGAAUACAUCCAACACUUCCCCUUCGUCGCACUAUUCUGUCUCUUCGCCGCCCUCAUCAAUCAAGCUAAACCAAAACAACUCCCCGUCACCGUUAUCAUGGGCGUGUGCGGGUACGUCACGAAUUACUUCUCCACGAAAAAGCUCGGCUCAAAUCAAGUCGCGAAUACCGUCGGUGCGUUUACAAUUGGUCUUCUGGCGAAUUUGUACUCGCGCAUUUGGCACGGUCAUGCAGCUGCGGCGAUUAUCCCGGGUAUUUUUACGUUGGUGCCGUCUGGGUUGGCGAGUUCUGGGUCCAUUUUGAGUGGAUUGGAGUAUGCUGAGGCUGUUAAGAACGGUGAUAUCAACAGCACUACUAGUGGGUCGAGUAGUAGCAGUUUGUUGGGGCUUGGGUAUGGAAUGAUUCAGACCGCGAUUGGAAUCUCGGUUGGGUUGUUUGUGAGUGCGUUGAUUGUGUAUCCUCAUGGGAAAAAGAGGAGUGGGAUCUUUAGCUUGUAG